AUGAGGCACAGGCUGUGGCUGUCUGUGCGGCAUCUGCGUCCAUCUUCCGUGUUGGUUCCAGUCAGGUCAAUGUCGAGCUUUACCAUCCCCACUACUGAUAAGACCGAUGAUGCAUCGGGAUCGAUACCCGUCAACUCGAUAGCGGAUCUGAACAGGGACGACCUUUCGCGUUUCCCGGCUUUCCAGAUUUGGCUUUCCACCCUCCAGCGCUCAUUGAAGCGCCAGCAACACCCCUCCCAUGAGUUCAACCACGAUCCUUAUGUCUUACGCAAAAUCGAUAUCCAGUCCGUUGAUCAUUUCAAGGACGGACGCUUGGGGUUCGUGAAGCUCAAGGCUGACGUUUCAAAUGGAAAUGGGGAGACGCUUCCAGGAACGGUAUUCUUGAGAGGGGGCAGUGUGGGAAUGCUGAUAAUCCUCCAGCCGGACGACGCACCUCUCUCAAACGAAGAUUCAAAACGGGCGAUCUUGACCAUCCAACCUCGGAUCCCAGCUGGCUCCCUUGCUUUUCCUGAAAUUCCGGCCGGUAUGCUCGAUGAUAGCGGAACGUUUGCGGGCGCAGCUGCAAAAGAGAUCGAGGAGGAGACCGGAUUAACGAUACCGCAAAAUGAGCUGGUCGAUAUGACUUCAUUAGCACUACAGUCUAUCUCGGAGCCAGAGGACGGCGAGUCCCUGCAGAAAGCAGUCUACCCGUCACCUGGCGGGAGCGAUGAAUUCAUCCCAUUGUUCCUGUGCCAGAAACGGAUGCCACGCAAGGACAUCGAGAGCUUACAAGGACGGCUGACUGGACUCCGGCAACAUGGCGAGAAGAUCACAUUGAAGAUUGUACCGCUGAAGGACCUUUGGAAAGAAGCAUUGCGAGAUGGGAAGACACUGGCAGCAUGGGCAUUGUAUAAUGGACUCAAACAAGAUAGGAGGAUCUGA